ACGUCGUUUAGCGACUCUCACACGUGAUGCUCUGACGCUGACAGAGAGGUAAAGACAGUCAUUUGAGGCAGACAGCAGCAGCAGUCAGAUUCUUUGCUCUCGGUCGAUCAGCAUCAUCACCAGAGGCCAGCAUUUUAUCUGAGCUUUGAUAUUUUAAGAUCCCUGAUUAUUCCGUUGUCUGUCAGUGUGUGAGGCCAGCUUCCAUCCUUUAUCUCCGGUGGUUUUGUGCAGACUUUGGAACCAUGCGUGGGCCAGCUGCAGCGCUGUUCUCGGUGCUGACCGUCUACCUGUGCUGCGGACCUCUUCUCUGCGCCGCGGCCAGAAGCCAGCAGCUCAACGAGCGACCGAUCAUCGGUGUGUUAGCUCAAGAAAAUCUGCCUGGGGACCAGUUUGCUCGAGGUUCUUCUUACAUUGCUGCCUCCUACAUCAAAUACCUGGAGAGCGCUGGAGCCAGGGUUGUACCCAUCAGGAUCAAUUCCACAGAAGAAGAAUACAUCAGGACAUUCAACUCAAUAAAUGGGUUGCUGUUACCAGGGGGAAAUGUAGAUCUUCAGACAUCUCAGUUCAGUCGAGCUGCCAGGAUCUUUUACAACUUGGCUUUGAAGGCCAAUGAUGCAGGGGAUUACUUCCCUAUCUGGGGAACAUGCCAGGGCUUCCAGCAACUCUCCGUCCUCACGGCCAGAAAAAACCUGCUCACUUUGACCAAAACCAAGGCUGUGGCUUUGCCACUCAUUCUCACACCAGCAGCCCAGUCCAGUCGCUUGUUCAGGAAUUUUCCCAAGGAUGUGCUGCAGUCUCUGGCUAAUGAAAACAUCACUUCCAACUUCCACAGCUGGAGUCUUUCCAUCCAGAACUACACCCGAAAUGCCAAACUGAAGAGGUUCUACAGAGUUCUGUCCACCAACAGCGAUGGAGAGAAAGAAUUCAUCUCCACCAUGGAAGCUUAUCGUUACCCAUUCUACGCUGUGCAGUGGCAUCCAGAAAAGAGUCCUUUUGAGUGGAUAGAUAAACCAGGCAUGGGCCACUCCGUCUCCGCUGUAAGAGCCAGCUUUUACACUGGAAGCUUCUUUGUCUCUGAAGCCAUGAAGAGUCAGCACCAUUUCUCCAAUCCUGCUGAAGAAGACAGAGCUCUUAUUUACAACUUCUCCCCUGUCUACAGAGGCUCUAAGGCAGUCUUUGUCCAAAACUAUUACUUUGAUUGAUGAACAAUGAUGAAAAAUGAAAGGUCCUGGUAUCAGAUUAGUCAGAAUUUAUCAUGUUUUCAAAAUCACUUUAAUUGGCUUGACACACCAUUAGAAGAAAGUUAACCAAAGUAUUUUAGAGGAAAUAUUGAAGAAAAAAUUAAAGCAUAAUGAUGAACAAAGUGCUCUCUCAAUAUGCAAAGAUGAAAAUCUCUGUCAUCACUUAACACAUCAUCAACCCUCAGCUCCUGAUAUGCUAAGCCUACAACUGGCUAUUCACAUCCAUUUAUUACAUAUUUUCUAUUAUAACAGGUGUGUUGGUGAAAGCAUUUGGAGUGAUCUCAGUUUUGAGAAUCAGUCAGGAACUCAUGGGAGAGUCAAGCUAACUCCUGCUCUAACAGAGAUGUGGGAAGGGAGAGUUUAGGGCAUUAGCUUGUUGGCCAAUUUAGAACUAAUGUUUUAAACUAUAAGUAGUCGCAUAAAGCAUUUCCCUAAAUGUAUAUGAAAAGCAGAGAUCUAUAGCAUUAGAUUCAUAAUCUUGCUUUCCUAACACUCGUGUCAACAUAUAACUUAUUGCUGGAGAACCUUUUACCACGGUGGCUGUUAUAUUGCCUUCCCUAUACCUCAAACAUACAUAUUUUUGUGCUUUUACUUUUUGGAAGUUUCUGAUUAGUUUAGUUGUUGUAUUCGUCAGCAGCUACAUGUGGGCGGACUACAAUCCCCUACUUCUUGCUCUAAUGAGCAUAGAGCAAAGCCGAUUAUAAUUUAGAUUUCUAUGAUCUAGCUCAAAACGUGUCUAGCUGUUUCAAUGAACCCUGUAUUAUGUAUCUUUACAUAUUGUCAUGUUAGUAAGAGCGCAUUGUUUACACUGUUACUAUUUUCUCAGUUAACAUUAAUGAUGUUAAUGCACAAUUGCCUGCAAUGAGGCAGCUGAAGGUAAAGGAUCACCGAUCUGACAUCGCCCACAAAAUGAAAGAAAGUGCCUUUUUCUAGGGAGAUUACAUAAAGAGUGGGAGGAAGAUGUUAUAUUAUGCUGUUAGGAUAGCAGGAGCGCUCUUUGUAACAGAACCAAAAUGAACAACUACUCCACACUAAAAGGUGGUUUGACCCACCCCAAUGAGAAUUUUCACUGAUUCCUCUGAGAGAGAUCACUCUUGCUGCUGCUACCUACUGCAAUUAAGAUACUGACUACUCAUACAUAUUACAUGUUAUCAGGACAACCCCUCCAAAAACAUUGGAAAAACAAAGUGUCUCUUAACUGAAGCCUGCUUGUCAUUAUUUUGCUACGUAUUUCUCAUAAGUUCACCACUGUCUUCAUUCAGAGGUCAUUUGUUUAGCUAGUGAUGCUAUUUAUUUGUUAAAUAAAUUAUUUGGGUUCAUUUUAUACUUUAUGUGUUUUAAAUGACCAACAAAUUUGAGUGAUAAUAAAUGCAGAAGAAAUAUAAAUUAUUAUUUAAUUAACUAACUAUCACUAAUCUAUGCUCAUGUAUUCCCCUGUAGAUUCAAAUGCCAAGGCAUCAUUUAAAAAAAGAAAUUGUAUGCAUUAUAGGUUAUUAUUCCAAAACAUAAAUGGUGCACAUAAAUUGUUUAGCUUAAAAUAAAGCAAAAUUGGCCCUAUACACAACACAGUGUUGUAACAAACCAGUCUUGUAUCAAAAAAUAUCGAAAUAGAUUUUUAAAUGAUUUGUAAUUUUGCCAAAACUUGCCAAAAAGUAAAAAUGGUGUUUAACAUUACACAUGUUGGGUUGGACCAUUAAUGAAAAGCAAAAACGAUCCUAUUGAAUGAGCUUUUAAUUGUACAAGAGUGAGAUAACGAAUGCAACAUUCCUUCAGUGGGUAUGAGUUUUCAUACCCAGUUUCUUUGUUUGAAAUACAUAUCAGGCAAACUCUACAGAUGAGUUGUCUACAUGAUUUUAUUUUAAUGUGUUUGUGCUCAAAAGAAUACAUUAUUUCUUAAAAGAAAAUGCAAGUUUGUAAAAUGUUUUCAGAGAAUGCUUUGAUGACUUCAGAAUGUACAUCAGCAGCAAAUAUAUGCCAAAUAAACAUGAUUUAAUUUGAA